CACUACCUGACAUGCAAAACCAGUGGAGGACCAGUUAAAAUGGCACAUGCGCACAGACAACACAGGUGUACUCCAGUGAAAAUACUGACUGCCUCUGAACCCCCACAGUACAGAACUCUUAAGAGUCCUCCACUGAUGACAGAUAAGGUUGAUCAGCAGAAGAAAAAGGAGAAUAAGAAUCCAAAGGAUGCCGAGGUCUUUCCUUGUUAAAAAGAAACAUGUGGCAUCUGGAGCGUGGCAAUGGAAAGAACCCGAACAGCAUGAGUGGAAAGGAGAUAAUGUAGUAGAGAGUGAAAAUAUGAAGGAGCAGAUACCCUGCAGUCCUGACACACAACAGUCCGUCAUUGUGCCUCAGCCAGUAGCCAACUUAGGCACAUCAGCAAGAAUGAGGGCGCCAGUGCCUUUGGCAGGAUCAGGAGGACCAGGGGACUGGUCCACAUUGAUGCUCCGGGGCUCCUUCCUCCAUCACAGUACGGUAGCACCAGUCAGCAUAGUAAAGCCCCUUACUUCCCCAGGCUCAGGUGACUUUGUGUGCUCAUUGUGCCACAAGAUAUUCCCUCUGCAGCGAAUGUUGACCCGCCACCUCAAGUGCCACAGCCUGGUGAAGAGACAUCCUUGUCGAUUCUGUGGCAAAGGAUUCAACGAUACCUUCGACCUCAAAAGACAUAUGCGUACACACACAGGUAUCCGUCCCUACAAGUGUGAGCUUUGUGAGAAAGCCUUCACACAGCGCUGCUCUCUGGAGUCCCAUAUGAGGAAGAUUCACGGUGUUCACCAAAAGUAUGCCUACCGCCAGAGACGCUCCAAGAUCUUUGUGUGUGAGGAUUGUGGUUACACCUCAAGCCGCCCUGAUGAGUAUUUCCUCCAUGUGAGACAGUGCCACCCUGCCAGUCCCGCCCUGCGCAGGUACUACCGCCGCCAGGCGCAUGACAACAGCAGCUUUGCAUCAGCAGACUGUAAACUCAAUCCCUAUUUGCUGUACUCAAACCCUUCAUACUACAUAUAGAGCUCAUUACGAUUGUUAGAUAGACAAAUGCAGCUGAACUCAAAGUCAUUCAUAAAUGAAAAUAGAAUUUAACAGUUUAAAAAGGUCAUCUGUGUUGCCUUGAGCUUACAACUUGUGUGUUCAUUCAUUAGUUUCAUUAGUCAACACUACUAUGUACUUGUACUUGUUUUUUAACUUGUAGUGUUGGGUCUUUUGCUCUGUCUACUGUUAUGAGAAAUAUUAAAGACCAAAAAAUCUUCUUAAUGGUUUUAUUGCAUCGUCACAUACAUUGCAUUUUUUCAACAAUACGUGUGUUUUUAUCCUAAAAGAAAAAGCUAAUAUACAGCCUUCACACAAAUGGUUACAUCAAUAUAAAAAUGAAUAUCUGUUCAAUGAGUUGUUCUCUUACACAAUGCAAAUAACUUUGGCAUUUAGCAGGAAAUUGAGAUCCAUCAUUCAUUUCUUAAUUUUUACCAUGUUACGUUCUUCUUGAACUUUUUCAUAUUUAGAAAUUUCAC